ACAUCAUUAAAAACAUAUAAAAAAUCCCUAUCGACCGCUCUCUCUUCAACGGUCCCUUCUCCUCAAACGGCUACUUCUCUCUCUAAAAUAACAACUUUCUAAUUUCAAACCUUCCGAUCUCAACACACUCCUCAAGGAAACCCAUUCUCCUCUCAGGAAGACAACAGCCUUAUCGUUCGUUGCCGACGCAAUUCGCUCGCUAAGCAGGUACAGUUGCUUCAAUAUGUCUAAUCCUCAAACUGAUCCACUUGUGCAAGUGGAGACGACGUGUGGAUCCCUUCUAUACGAACUUCAGAUUAUUUGGGAUGAAGUUGGUGAGUCAGAAGCUGAUAGGGAUAAAUUGCUGCUUGAGAUUGAACAAGAAUGUCUAGAAGUUUACAGGAGAAAGGUAGAUCUUGCAAACCGGUCUAGAGCUCAGCUACGCCAGGCAAUAGCUGAUUCUGAAGCAGAAUUAGCAGCCAUCUGUUCUGCUAUGGGCGAGCGACCUGUACAUAUUAGGCAGUCUGAUAAAAAUGCUGAAAGCUUGAAGGAAGAGCUCAGAAGAACUCUUCCACAAUUGGAGGAGAUGCGGAAAAGGAAAUCUGACAGAAGAAAUCAAUUCCUAGAAGUUCAAGAGCAGAUACAAGACAUCUCAAAUGAGAUCUAUGGAACCGCGGAGUAUAUUUCAUCCAAGAAGGUAGUGGAUGAAAGUGAUUUGUCUUUGAGAAAACUUGAAGAAUUACACAGAGAGUUGCAUGAACUUCAGAAGGAGAAGAGUGAUCGCCUGAGGCAGGUUCAGGAACAUGUAUCUACUGUGAACUCGCUAUGCUCAGUGCUUGGCGUGGAUUCCAAGAAUAUAUUAACUGAAGUUCAUCCAAGUUUAGGAGAUUCUGUGGGGUCCAAGAAUAUAAGUAAUAAUACAAUCGACCAGUUGGCUGCUGCAACACGAAAGUUGCGAGAGGUUAAACUACAGAGAAUGCAGAGGCUCCAAGAUCUUGCAAGUACCAUGUUGGAGCUCUGGCAUUUGAUGGAUACACCAAUCGAAGAACAACAGAUGUUUCAGACUGUUACCUGUAAUAUAGCUGCUUCAGAACAUGAAAUAACCGAACCAAACACUCUCUCUGUGGACUUCAUAAAUUAUGUUGAGGCAGAAGUAUCUCGGUUGGAAGAGUUAAAGUCAAGCAAAAUGAAAGAGCUUGUUCUGAAGAAGAGGUCCGAACUGGAGGAGUUCUGUAGAAAGACACACAUGGUUCCAGAAGUAGAUAGCACAAUGGAUGAUGUCAUUGAAGCAAUAGAGUCUGGAGUUGUAGACCCUGCUUGUGUCCUAGAGCAAAUUGAGUUUCAGAUUGCUAAGGUGAAAGAGGAAGCUUUUAGCAGGAAAGAAAUACUUGAAAAGAUUGAGAAAUGGUUGGCUGCAUGUGAUGAGGAGAGUUGGCUUGAAGAGUACAAUAGGGAUGAGAAUCGAUACAAUGCUGGAAGAGGUGCUCAUCUGACUCUUAAGCGUGCCGAGAAAGCUCGCUCUUUGGUUAAUAAGCUUCCAGCAAUGGUUGAUGCAUUGGCUUCAAAAACCAUCGCAUGGGAGAAGGAGAGAGGCUUUGAGUUUACAUAUGAUGGUAUCCGUCUCUUAUCUAUGCUUGAAGAGUAUACUUUACUACGGCAAGAGAAAGAGCAAGAACGCCGCAGGCAACGGGACCAGAAGAAACUCCAAGAACAGUUGAUUGCAGAACAAGAGGCACUUUAUGGGUCAAAACCCAGCCCUUUGAAGACUCAGAGUGUAAAAAAAGCUCCUAGAAUGUCAACUGGAGGUGCAAACAACAGAAGAGUUUCAGUUGGAGGAACUAUGAUUCACACUCCCAAACCUGAUCUGCUUCAAUCUGCGAAAGCAAGUCCUCACUCACGUCCCAUCAGGAAGAGUGAUCGGGUGCACCUAAAUGACCGACUGAAUCUUCAAGAUGAUAGCUCUUCCGUUUUAUCAGCUGGUAGGAGAGGCUUGGAUAUUGCUGGUCUCCCUGUUAAAAAACACUCAUUUGGUAAUGGAAACGUUCAUGAAGGAGAGUCACCCGUGAUGCGAAUACCAUUCUCACCCAUCUCUUCCACAGCAUCAUCAAAGGCCAACAUGACAAACUUUUCAGAUGAGCUAAAUGCAAGACAUAGUGAGACAUUGAAGAAUACGCUGCCAACUAACAACAUGCAAUUUACUAGUCCCUCCAAGACAGCUUCUAUGGCAACUGAAGAGAAUAAAACGCCAAAGGCACUGCCAAUUCUUGUCCCUAAAACACCUUCAACGGUGUCAGUUCCAAUGCAGACAGCUACAACUCCGGCUCUUCAACCAGUUCCUUUUGGCAUUAAAGUAGUUGAAGAGAUUCUUGAAGAGAUUGAAUAUUCAUUCGAGGAAAUGAGAGCUGGUUUUGUGCUUCCUAAAACACAUAUAAAGCCCAUGAUACAAGUAUGAUAAGCUUUAGGUGGACCUGAAUUGAUAUGUUUUAGCUUGCUUUCAAUCCGAUCAAAAGUGUCAGCCCAUGAAUUUUUAUUUUAUGGUGUUUGUGAUGGCAAAGUCAAUUGUAAUUGGCUUUACUGACUUGUGUACAUUGCCUACGAAUACUGAAUGUGAACUAGGAUGUUGAGCUUGUCCUUUCCUGGUGUGAUCUCUCAAUGUUAAAUGUGCCUAAAGUUUCCAUGUU